CUCACGCCCUUUGCUUCUAUGCCUGUGCCUUUGAGAGAUAUGAGAUAGCUAGCCAAGGUGUUCACUUGAAAACCCAGCUUUAGCUAGAGAGAGAUAGAGAGAGAGAGAGAGAGAUCAGCACGAAGACUUUAGGUUUUUAGUUGGAGAGGGUUUAAUUCUGUUUGCAGAAAUGGCCAUUCACCAGUCAUGGGCUUUUGCCUUUGGCCUUCUAGGCAACAUCAUUUCAUUUAUGGUUUACCUUUCUCCACUGCCAACAUUCUAUCAGAUAUACAAAAAGAAAUCCAGUGAAGGUUUUCAAUCAGUUCCUUAUGUGGUUGCACUCUUCAGUUCAAAGCUGUGGAUCUACUACGCGAUGCUUAAGAAGGAUGCAAAUCUUCUGAUUACCAUAAACUCGGUUGGCUGCAUAAUCGAGUCCAUCUACAUCAUGCUGUUCAUAUUUUAUGCAACCAAAAAGACGAGGAUACAGACUGUGAAGCUUCUUCUCCUGUUAAAUGUUUCUGGGUUCAGCCUGAUGCUUCUCCUCACUCUCUUCCUAGCAAACGGCUCAAAACGUAUCUUGGUUCUUGGAUGGAUUUGUCUGGUAUUCAACCUUAUUGUAUUUGCUGCACCUCUCUGUAUUAUGAGACAAGUUGUAAGAACCAAGAGCGUCGAGUACAUGCCAUUCCCUUUGUCUUUCUUCCUAACCUUAGGUGCAGUGACCUGGUUCUUCUAUGGCCUUUUUCUCAAGGACUACUACAUUGCUCUUCCAAAUACAGUGGGCUUUAUCUUCGGCAUUGUUCAGAUGGCGCUCUACUUAGUUUACAAGAACACCAACAAGAUUCUGGAGGAGCCGAAGCUGCAUCAUGUACCUGAACACAUCAUUGAUGCAGUUAAACUUACCACAAUUGUGUGUUCGGAACUGAAUCCUGCAGUUCCGCUUUCAAAUAUUGUUGACGAUAAUUACGCAAUUGGAGAUCAAAUUCAUGAUGAGAAGGAAAAGGCAUGACAAGAAACCGGCCAGAAAGACAAUAUGAAUUAUGACUCGAUCAAAGUAAUUUAAGCAUGCAUUCAAGAUCAUGAUCAGAAUGUGUAGUUUUAUAUUAAUUAAUCUGUCCUAGCUAGUUGAUUAGCGUCUUUUAUGUGAAAUUUGGUUAAUUUGCAUGUUGCAUGUUGUGUCUAGAUCUCCUGUACUACCUACGUAGUCUCCCUCGAAGAUCCUCCUAGUCCAAUCAAUGUACUCGAAGACUUGCCUCAAAUUAAGCAAGGGUCUCUCUGUCUAAACAUCUCUCGGUAAUUUAUAAUAUAUAAUAAAUCGUGUCAUGCAUUCUAUC